AUGAGCCGUGCCGAAUCUUCGCAGGCUGGAAGGCCCAACCUCCGCGUCACAAUUAUCGCCGCCGAUGGCCUCUACAAGCGAGAUGUUUUCCGCUUUCCCGACCCUUUCGCGGUCGCUACCGUCAAUGGCGAGCAGACCAAGACGACGGCCGUCAGCAAGCGCACAUUAAACCCGUACUGGAACGAGAGUUUCGACUUCUGUGUUAACGAGGGAAGCAUCAUUGCGAUCCAAGUCUUCGAUCAAAAGAAGUUUAAGAAGAAGGACCAAGGCUUUCUCGGCGUUAUCAACAUUAAAGUCGGCGAUGUUAUGCCUGAGCUAACACCCGAAGCUGAUGAACAGAUGCUUACUCGGGACCUGAAGAAGUCGACGGAUAACCUCGUUGUUCACGGCAAGCUCAUAGUCAAUUUGUCCUGCGACCUCAGCGCACCGCCUCGCGGAGCACAAGGAUCUGCAGCCUCCCGCCCGAACCUGACCGCAGGCUCUUCCACUCUCUCCACACCGGUCGGAGACGGACGACCCGGAUCUUCCAUGUCUAGCCAGAAUGGCCCGAAUUCGUCUGCCGGGGCCUCGCUCUCUCAGCGACCAUCCAGCCUCAGCAACAACAAUAACAGCUCGGCUGGGCCCGGAGGAGCCAACCGGUCAGCCAGCCAACUCAGUCCAUUUGAGGAUGCACAGGGGCGCCUUCCUGCUGGGUGGGAGCGCCGCGAGGACAACCUCGGCCGAACUUACUAUGUCGACCACAACACCCGCACAACAAGCUGGAACAGGCCGUCUGCCAACGGCGCUGUCGAUAACUCAAAUCGCGAGGCUGCCACGCAAGUAGAGAGGCAGAGGCACCGUGACCGUACGCUGCCAGAGGACCGCACCGGGGCCAACUCGCCCACUUUGGGCUCAAGUUCGCCAUCCCAAGCCGGAGGAGGAGGUAGUCCACCCCCCGGUCCAGCGAGUGCGGCCGGGGCCGCCAGCAACACAACCAUCCACACCGGUGCCACGAGCCCUGGCAGUGGAGAGUUGCCCGGUGGCUGGGAGCAGCGGUGGACGCCAGAAGGCCGUCCAUACUUUGUUGACCAUAACACGCGCACGACCACCUGGGUCGACCCCCGUCGCCAACAGUACAUUCGCAUGUACGGCGGCCAGAACAACACAAAUGGACAAAUACAGCAGCAGCCGGUCUCGCAGUUGGGUCCCCUGCCUAGCGGGUGGGAGAUGCGCCUGACGAACACUGCCAGGGUCUACUUCGUGGACCACAACACGAAAACUACAACCUGGGACGAUCCCCGACUACCAAGCUCGCUCGACCAGAAUGUACCACAGUACAAGCGUGACUUCAGGAGGAAGCUCAUUUACUUCCGUUCUCAACCCGCGAUGCGCAUUCUCAGCGGGCAAUGCCACAUCAAGAUCAGGCGUUCGCAUAUCUUUGAGGAUUCCUUUGCUGAGAUUACCAGACAAUCGCCGACUGAUCUCAAGAAGCGACUCAUGGUCAAGUUUGACGGUGAGGACGGUCUCGACUAUGGUGGUGUGUCAAGAGAGUUCUUCUUCUUGCUUUCCCACGAGAUGUUCAACCCCUUUUACUGUCUGUUCGAGUACUCGGCCCACGACAACUACACGCUUCAGAUCAACCCUCACUCCGGUAUCAACCCUGAGCACUUGAACUACUUCAAGUUCAUCGGUCGCGUUGUGGGACUGGCCAUCUUCCACCGCCGUUUCUUGGACGCCUUCUUCAUUGGUGCCUUGUACAAAAUGGUGCUGGGGAAGGCGGUAUCUCUGGCUGAUAUGGAGGGUGUCGAUGCCGAUUUCCACAGAUCGCUCCAGUGGAUGCUCGACAACGACAUCAGCGGCGGUAUUCUCGAGCAGACCUUCUCCACUGAGGAUGAGCGCUUUGGUGUCAUGACCGUUGAAGAUCUCAUCCCAGGCGGUAGGGACAUUGAAGUCACCAACGAGAACAAGAAGGAGUACGUGGACUUGAUGGUCAAAUGGCGUAUCGAGAAGCGCAUUGAAGAGCAAUUCCAAGCUUUCAAGGAGGGAUUCCAGGAGCUGAUUCCCCACGAUCUCAUCAACGUGUUUGAUGAGCGCGAGCUGGAGUUGCUCAUUGGCGGUAUCGCCGAGAUUGAUGUCGAUGACUGGAAGAAACACACAGACUAUCGCGGCUACACUGAGUCGGACGAAGUGGUGCAACAGUUCUGGCAAACCGUCCGAUCAUGGGACGGCGAGCAAAAGUCGCGCCUGUUGCAAUUCACUACGGGUACCUCACGCAUCCCGGUCAACGGAUUCAAAGAUCUCCAGGGCAGCGACGGCCCAAGGCGAUUCACAAUUGAGCGAGCCGGCGAAGCAACAAAUCUUCCCAAGGCACACACAUGCUUCAACCGGCUGGACUUGCCGCCGUACAAGAACUUGGAGACACUGCAACAAAAGCUCACAAUCGCCGUAGAAGAGACCAUGGGCUUCGGCCAGGAAUAA